AUGAAGAAUUCGAAGUGGAGAAAAGAAACAAGCCCCAUUGGAAGCGGAACUCACGCCGAAGUUUAUUUGGCCGUACCAGUUGACGAUGUAAAUUCGUCCAUGAUCGCCGUUAAGUCCACCCACAUCGAAUAUGCAUACAACCUCCAACGAGAAGCGGAGAUCUUGAGACAACUCAGAGGCUGCCCCCAUGUUGUUCAGUGUUUUGGGGACGACGUUACUGACCAAUAUUAUAAUCUGCUGCUUGAAUACGCUCCAGCGGGUAGUCUCGACCGUUUGAUCUAUCCUCGUGGCCGCUGGGACUGCAAGAUGGCGGAAUCUGAUGUGGCUUUCUAUGCUUACCAAAUUCUCAAGGGGCUUUUGCACCUUCAUGACAAGGGUUUUGUUCAUUCUGAUUUGAAACCAGAAAACAUCCUCGUUUUUCCUACCAUCAGAGAGAGUAAAUUUCUCUUAAAACUUGCUGAUUUUGGAGUCUCAAGACGUGCUGGUAAGAACGAUUUUGAUGAAGAUGACGAUGAUGAACCGUUUUGUCCACACCAUUGUCGUGGGAGUUUAGUUUUUGCAUCUCCCGAGUAUUUGAGCAGCGGGAUACACCGAACCUUGGACGACAUAUGGUCCUUAGGUUGUAUAGUUGUGGAGAUGUUGAUGGGACAACCUCCUUGGUUGUGCGAAAGCACCAACGAUUUAAUAUUUCAGAUAAAGUAUGAGAAACCAGAGAUACCUGAAGAUAUUUCUAGUGGAGCUAAAGAUUUCUUGAAUAAGUGUUUCUAUAAAAAAGAGGAUGGGGAUGAUGAGAGAUGGACGGCUAGGAUGCUUCUUAAGCACCGCUUCGUUCAGGAUAACAUGGAUGCUCAGAGUCGUUAUGGAGGUGGGAUAUCGAUGCUGUCUUGCCCUAAUAACCCUCUAAGUUAUGAUGAUAACCAAUGGGUUUCCACAAAAGAUUUAUUUCUUCCUAUCUGA